UAUAAAGCGCAUGUUUAUGAUGUGCGCUAAUUGAACGUGAAUAAAAUAUACAAAAAAAAAUUAAGCAAAUAUAAAUUAUAUAAAUUGAAUAUUGUGUGUAGUUAAAACAUAAAUAUAUAAAAAUGGAUAUAAGCUACAUUUUCAUCUUGUGCAUGCUGGCGCUUUGCAGCGCUGCCGCCGAAAGCAAACAAAAGUCGGGCAAAGGUCGAGGCUCCAUGUGGUGGGGCAUUGCCAAGGUUGGCGAACCCAACAAUAUAUCGCCCAUUAGCACGGGCAUCAUGUACAUGGAUCCGGCCAUACACUCGACGCUGCGUCGCAAGCAGCGUCGUCUGGUGCGUGAUAAUCCCGGCGUGCUGGGCGCUCUGGUCAAAGGCGCCAAUUUGGCCAUCAGCGAGUGCCAGCAUCAGUUUCGCAAUCGUCGCUGGAACUGCUCGACGCGCAACUUUCUGCGCGGCAAGAAUUUGUUUGGCAAAAUUGUGGAUCGAGGCUGUCGUGAAACGGGAUUUAUCUAUGCCAUAACCAGCGCUGCUGUGACUCACUCCAUAGCACGCGCCUGCAGCGAGGGCACCAUUGAGUCCUGCACCUGCGACUACAGUCACCAGACGCGCUCGCCACAGGCGAAUCAUCAAGCGGGCAGCGUUGCUGGCGUUAGGGAUUGGGAAUGGGGCGGCUGCUCGGAUAACAUUGGAUUUGGUUUUAAGUUCUCGCGCGAAUUUGUGGACACUGGCGAGCGUGGACGCAAUUUGCGCGAAAAGAUGAAUCUGCACAAUAAUGAAGCGGGACGUGCGCACGUUCAAGCGGAGAUGCGUCAGGAGUGCAAAUGCCACGGCAUGUCCGGCUCGUGUACAGUGAAAACCUGCUGGAUGCGUCUCGCCAAUUUCCGUGUCAUAGGCGACAAUCUCAAGGCGCGCUUCGAUGGCGCCACACGCGUUCAAGUGAGCAACAGUCUGCGCCAGAGCAGCAACGCAGUGCCAGUGGUUAGUCCCAAUGCCGCCGGUUCGAAUAGUUUGCUGCAACUCGGUGGCGGUGGUGGUGGCAACUCUGGCAGCAAUAACAAUGGACUGCUGCCGCCCUCUGCCGUGGGCAACUACGAGGACGAGGAGCGCAUGCUCAACGAUCACAUACCCGAGCUGCUGCUGGACAACAGCCACGCGAGCAACAAGCAACAUCAUCCCAACAUGCCCUCGCCCAACAGUCUGCCCAUGGCCGGGUCCAGAGCACGCGGCGGUGGCAACGGACGCGGCGGAAAUCGCAUGGGACGCAAGCACAAUAGAUAUCACUUCCAGCUGAAUCCACACAAUCCGGAGCACAAGCCACCGGGUCCCAAGGACAUUGUCUAUCUGGAGCCAUCGCCCAGUUUCUGUGAGAAGAAUCUGCGGCAGGGCAUAUUGGGCACGCAUGGGCGCCAGUGCAACGACACAUCGCUGGGCGUCGAUGGUUGCGAUCUGAUGUGCUGUGGGCGUGGCUAUCGCACCCAAGAGGUCACCGUAGUCGAGCGUUGCGCCUGCACCUUUCAUUGGUGCUGCGAGGUCAAGUGUAAACUGUGUCGAACCAAGAAAAUUAUACACACGUGUCUAUAAAAUUAAGUAAAACCACCAACCCCCCACCCACCCCACACCCAACCAUAAGUCCUGCCAACCUUCUAUCUAUGUGUAUGUGUUAUGUAUUUGUCUACGCUUAGCCUUUGUUAUUAGCAACUAAGUUUCCACCGCCCCCACUCAGCCAACAACGCAUAAAUUUUUGAAGCCAGCCUUACAUUUUAUUUAGCAGUAUUACUUAUGAUUAUUUAGCAACAAAAUGAUAAAGUGUACAACUUGAUUUUGCCCAGUUUUUAGUUCUAUAAGCAAAGCACACGCCCCCCGCCCAACCAACCGCUCCUCAACA